AUGGCCUGGUUCCCCUGCUACCCUGUAUACCAAUUCUUCCGCCUGGGAACCGAAUCCGAUUGCUACGGCUACGGCUCGACCAACCCCAUAGAGGUUUACAACGUCGUGGUGGCAUCCAAUGCAACAAAUAUGGCGCUCGACUUCUUGAUUCUUCUACUUCCUAUUCCGUUGUUGUUCAGCAGCGACACCAUACGUCGCACAAAGCUCGGCCUUUUUGGACUGCUAUUCCUCGGAGUACUAAUUAACGCAAUUGCCGCAGCACGCAUAGUUGCCAACAAAGCGACGUCGAACCAAAAGCCAGACCCCACAAGAGUAUUCCCGAUCAUCAUCCUGCUCGGCGAAACCGAAAACCGACUGUCCCUCGUUCUCGCAUCGAUACCAGUGUUUUGGCCGGUGGUUACUAAGACGUGGAACAAUUUCAUCUUCGUCACACACGAAGUGAAGGUCGAGAGCACUCACAACCUUCCAAGCAUGAUGGAACUGGGUAGAAUUAGUCUGAGGGAUCAUCAGACUGGGACAGCAACCAUGACCGCGACGAACGAAGACGAGGCGACAGAAACUGGAUUGCGGCAUCCAGGACGGUUGCUGGAAGUCGAUCGAUACGUCAGGCAGCUGAUCAGUCCGUUUGCUGAGGGCAACCCUGCCAAGAAAGAACCCACUGUUAGAGAGAGAGAGGAAGUUCAGCGCGGCUUCAACGAAGAGUUAGAGGGGCACAGCUUGCAUUUCGAGACAGUUCCGGAUAUUGCUCAACCAGAGGGAUCGCCGCCGAGAGUAGAGUCGCGUGGUUCAGAAGCACGGGCAGCAGGAUAG